AUGAAUCCUUUGAAAUGUGCUUUUGGGGUUUCAGCCGGAAACUUCUUAGGCUUUGUUGUUCAUAAAAAGGGGAUAGCUAUUGAUAAAAAUAAAGCAGAUGCGAUAUUAGCAUUAUCUGUACCCAAAUCGAAGAAAGAAGUACAAUCGUUUUUGGGAAAAGUGAAUUACCUUAGAAAAUUCAUUUCGAAUCUUUCGGAUCGAACUAGGGUAUUCGCGCCUUUGGUGAAAUUAAAAAAUGGUUCAAAAUUCGAAUGGACCACAGAACGUCAAUCGGCGUUUGAUUCGAUUAAGUCAUAUUUAUCAAAAGCUCCAAUUAUGGCGAAUGUGUGUCCAUUUGAACCUUUAAAAUUAUAUAUUGCAGCAUCUAAAGACACUAUAGGGUGUAUGUUAGACCAAGAUGAUGAAAAUGGGCAUGAACGGGCAGUUUAUUACCUUAGUCGAGUUUUAACUGAUAUUGAAACAAGGUAUUCCCCGAUCGAAAGAUUAUGCUUGUCUUUAUAUCAUGCUUGUAUGAAGUUAAAAUGUUACAUGGUGGCUAAGUCGGUGAAAGUUAUAGUACAAACCGAUCAUAUUAAAUAUAUGCUAAGUUUCCCUAUGUUAAGAGGACGUUUGGGAAAAUGGAUGUUGGCAUUAACAGAAUUUGAUUUACAAUAUGUUCUGGCUAAGGCUGUAAAAGGACAGGUCAUUGCAGAUUUUCUUGUGGACAAUUCAAAAGAUCUGAAUGACCAGGGAGCAAAUAUAGUCGAUGUAAAAGUUAAUUAUUGGAAAUUGUAUUUCGAUGGAUCUAAACAUAAAGAUGGUGCGGGGGUUGGAAUCCUCAUUAUCUCACCAGAGGGCAUUCCAUCAGAAUUCCUGUUCGAACUAAAGUAUCCUUGUUCUAAUAAUGUAGCCGAAUAUGAGGCUUUGAUUUUGGGUCUAGAAAUUUUAAUCGACAAAGGAGCUUUAGAAGUUCAAAUUCUAGGGGAUUCACAGUUAGUUUUAAAGCAGUUGUUGAAGGAAUUUAAGUGCAAUAAUGAGACGUUACAAAAAUAUUUAGUAAUUGCUUGGGAGUUAUUAACGUCUUUUCGAAAAGUUUCUUUGGUGCAUAUUCCUCGAAUUCAUAAUGAGAUUGCUAAUGAGUUAACCCAAAUUGCUUCGAAGUAUCAGGUUGGUCCGGAAACUAUUAAAAAAUUAUCUAGUAUCCAUCAAAUUUUGGUACCAGCAAAUGAGAGAGAGGUGUUAUGCAUGGAUGAGUGGGAAGAUUCCGAUUGGAGAAAACCUAUUGCUCGGUAUUUGAAAGAUCCCAAUAUUACAGUUGAUAGAAAACUAAAGUUACGAGCAAUGAACUUUGUUUUAUUGGCUGAUGAAUUAUACAAAAAAGGGAUCGAUGGAAGUUUGUUGAGAUGUUUGAGUCGAGAAGAUCAAAACAUUGCUUUGGGUGAAGUUCAUAAUGGAAUAUGUGGUGCUCAUCAGGCAGGGAAGAAAAUGAGAUGGGUGUUAUAUCGCGAUCAUGUAUUUUGGCCAUCUAUGAUAAAAGAUUGUAUUGAUUAUGCAAAGGCAUGUCAAGAAUGUCAGAAAUAUGGUUCGAUACAGCAGAUUUCAGCGGCUGAACUGCAUUCGAUAAUAAAGUCAUGGCCAUUUAGAGGUUGGGCUUUAGAUUUAAUUGGAUUGAUUCAUCCCCCUUCAUCGAAGCAGCACAAAUUUAUUUUAGUGGCCAUUGAUUAUUUCACGAAAUGGGUUGAACCGCAGUUCCUUUGGUAG